AUGUCGUCUUCCAACGAAAAAACGCCUAAUCAAACAACACCAACGUCAAAUUCAGCCAAAAAUCCGUCCACACCGACAGCAAAUACCUCUUCGGCUAACAAAGUUUUAUGUUACUGUAAAAAACCUGCACUUAUAUAUCAGGUCAAGAAGGAAGGUCCCAAUAAAGGUCGCUGGUUUUACAAAUGCUAUAAUUCAAUCAGCAAUUAUAUCGAAGGAACAGGAACGACUUGUCGAUUUUACAAGUGGAAGGAAGAACUGGAAUCGGUUCCUGUAAAACCGCCUACUGCUUUUGCUGGCCCUGCUAACACCUCUGGAUCGAUGACAAAUGAUCCAUUGACUCCUCCACCAGACAAUAAGCAACAACACGGGCAAAUUCACAAUUAUCAUUUUCCAAAUCAGCAAGAAUUUCCUCGUUAUCAGCAACCCGAGCAUUGGAAUCACCAAACAGAAAAUCCGCAUCAUCGCUUGACAGAAGAAUAUCACCGUCAGGCAGGAUAUUCUCUCCAUCAAGAACAACAAUUCCAGGAUACUCGAAGAGAAGAAGAAUUCUGGACAUCUGCGCCAGAAGGUCCAGUCAAUAAUAAUCUCUUUACACAUAUUUAUGGGAAUAGUUCAAUCACAGUUAAUGACUUGGUUCCGCCUUCACCUUCACCACCAUUGCCGGAUCAUCUUUUAAUUAAUUCGUUAAAAGAGAAGUUAGAAAGGGAGGAACGACGAGCUUACGCUUUUCAAAAAAGUGCGCAGAUCAAAGCAGAAGCACUCGCAAGCACCAAAGAAAAGUUGGCAUCGAUGGGAAAUGAGAAUGAAGCGUUAAAACAUCGGUUGGAGGCGAUGGAGACGGAAAAUAAAAGCUUGAAACGGAAGUUGGAGGAAACAGAACUGUUAGAGGAGGAGAAUCGGGAAUUGAAGAGGAGGUUGGUGGUAUUGGAGAAGGGGAAAGAGUCGUCAUCAUUGUUGGAGGAAGAGAUUAAAAUUUUGAAACGUCACAAUGAGCAAAGCACCGAGCUCUUGAACGAUAAAAUACAGUUUCAUAUUGAUCAAAAUGAGUCCCUAAAAGCCAAAUCGGAAGGCUACGCCGAGCAAAUCGAUCAUCUAAGACAGCAACUUCUAGUUACUUCAAACGCUGCGGAAGUGGAAAGACUCCGCGAAGAAAACCAACUUCUUGUUCGCGAAAAGGCGCUUAAACUCGGCGAAUACGAAUUUCUUAAACAAGAUUACGAAGAAUUGAAAAAGAAACUCGAAGAAUUCUAA